CGUCGAAAUCCCAUGUGUAGAAGCUUCGUAGUGAAGGCAUGGACGGUGGUCGUCACACUUUACAACCCCGUUCGCCAUCCCUCUCCCCGUCCCCGUCCCCGUCCCCGAUGCCUGUUGAAACAUGCAUGGCGGAUGUCUCGCCAUCGACCCCUGCCACGUACGUCCCAGGUUAUCGACCUCCGUCGCCUGCUGGAGGUGGGUCGUCUUAUGCUGUGGGGAGAGAGCCUCGAUCUAUGACUGUCCUCCUCGCGGAAGGUGAUAGCCUUGGACCGCGGCGAGAUGAAGAAUCGUAUGGGAGCUGUGGUGGGUAUCAUGGGUGGGGCAUGCCACGUGGAGGUAAGUGGCAACACUCACCACCAACCAUGGGACCCGACGGGGAAGGAGAGGUGCCUGCGGGGGGGCCUGGAUCAUUGGCACAUACAUCGUACAUUGCUAGCGCUGCUGGGCACAUGCAUGCGGGGGUAGGUGGGGCCACCCCCAUGCUCUAUUAUUCAAGACCGCCUCCUCCAUCACCGGUUGGAGGCACUGCGCAGUCCAUGCCUUUGGAUGCCGCAUUCCGCAGUCAUGACGGUCAGCGGCUUCAUGUCGUCGAUUCCGAAAUAACGGGAAAUGAUCCUUCUGAAUCGGUCGCCGAUCUGGGUGAGGAUAUGGACAAGCAGGAUGCUGGAAUGGGCGAGACAUGGACAUCACCCAUUGCCGACAUAGCUGGUACGCAAAGCACGAGUGAUGUGACAGUCGACAUUAGCGAUGAUGGCAAAACGGAUGACGGGGUGGGUGGAGAAGUGAGGAAGAAGGGCAGAAGGGCAUGUGGGGGAGGGCGUGGCGGGGACAAGCCCAAAGUCCGAGGUGCGGAUUGGGGUUUAGGGGAGAGCGUCGCACUGCUGAAACUGCUUUUUGAAGAAGACUGUAUGCAGCAAAAGAAAAAAGGCAGGCAACAGAUGAGAAGCAGGAAGGAGAAGCAUGAGUGGAUUGUGAAGAAGCUUGUCGAGAAAGGGUAUGGCGAGCGCACCUUGGACGAAUGCGAGAGGAAGUACUACGGGCUCCUAGACGGCGCAAAGAGGAUCCGUGAUUUCGGAGGGAAGUGGCGCGCCGUCGUACUGGGAUGCUGGAAGCUUGUGGAAGCAGAUGGACACUGCAGUGGUCUCAUGCAGAGUGUGCAUCUGCAAGGAGGGUCGUCCAACACAGACAAGGAGAGCUCUAACAUGGGCGGUGGGGAGGACACAGGUGGCGGUGGCCGGAAACAAGACAACGAUAGUGCUGACGGAGCAAAAUUCGCUCGACGUGGUGGGGGGAGAGGGAACGUCAGACGUUCGCCGUCGGAGAGUUCGGUAGAGGGAGGGGGGGGGGGCACGUUCGUAGACGUCGCCCACACUCUCGUGGAUGCCACGGAAAGGCAAACUGAUAAGUUGUCCGGCAGUUUUGUUGAUGCCAUGGCUGGCAUCAACAAGACCAUGGCAGACGAGAACAACACGCUCUUGCAGUGUUUUGCAAUUAUGCUGUCCGGUUUGUUGGUGGGACAAUCGACAUCUGCACCCUGAACGACACAGGGGGGGGGGCGGAGGGUGGUUGAAGACACCAUGUCCAAGUGCUUAUCGUCAGACGGAU